CUUGUCUGCUAUGGUGCUUCUCUUUGGUUAUUUUUUUCCCUUUUUGGCUGUACAUCCAUGUGUAAGUAAUUACUUGUCAAUGCAGAUUGUGAAUGAUGAGCUAGUAAAACUUAUGGGAGGAGAGGUUUCUGAGCUAGUGUUUGCAAAAACUGGGCCAACUGUAAUUUUAUUGGCUGGUCUACAAGGUGUUGGAAAGACAACUGUUAGUGCAAAGUUAGCUUUAUAUCUCAAAAAGCAGGGAAAGAGUUGCAUGCUUAUCGCUGGAGAUGUGUACAGGCCUGCUGCAAUAGACCAACUUGUCAUUUUAGGUGAACAGGUUGGCAUGCCUGUUUAUUCAGCAGGAACUGAGAUCAAACCUGCUGAGAUAGCACGAAAAGGUUUAGAAGAGGCCAGAAAGAAGAAUGUCAAUGUGGUUAUUAUGGAUACAGCUGGAAGGUUUCAGAUAGAUAAAGUGAUGAUGGAUGAAUUGAAAGAAGUGAAACGGGUAUUAAAUCCUACAGAAGUCUUACUUGUUGUAGAUGCAAUGACUGGCCAAGAAGCUGCAGCUUUGGUCACAACUUUCAAUCUUGAAAUUGGAAUCACUGGUGCCAUUUUAACUAAACUGGAUGGAGAUUCCAGAGGCGGAGCAGCUUUGAGUGUGAAAGAGGUAUCUGGAAAGCCAAUCAAGCUUGUUGGAAGAGGGGAGAGGAUCGAGGAUCUUGAGCCUUUCUAUCCUGACCGUAUGGCAGGACGUAUCUUAGGAAUGGGGGAUGUUCUAUCAUUUGUCGAGAAGGCUCAAGAAGUUAUGCGCCAAGAAGAUGCUGAAGAAUUGCAGAAGAAGAUCAUGAGUGCUAAAUUUGAUUUCAAUGACUUCCUGAAGCAAACCCGUGCAGUUGCACAGAUGGGUUCCAUGUCUCGUGUAAUUGGAAUGAUACCUGGCAUGGGGAAGGUUACACCAGCACAAAUUCGAGAGGCAGAGAAGAAUUUGAAGAUAAUGGAGGCAAUGAUUGAAGCAAUGACCCCAGAGGAAAGGGAGAAACCAGAACUGUUGGCAGAAUCACCUGCAAGGAGGAAACGGGUUGCACAAGAUUCCGGAAAAACAGAGCAACAGGUGAGUCAACUUGUUGCUCAACUUUUCCAAAUGCGUGUACGUAUGAAGAAUCUCAUGGGCGUAAUGGAAGGUGGAUCUAUUCCUGCAUUGAGCAAUCUUGAGGAGGCAAUGAAAGCUGAACAGAAGGCUCCUCCUGGUACUGCUAGGAGGAAGAGAAGAUCAGAGUCAAGGAGACAGUUUGCUGACUCAGCAUCAUCAAGACCAGGCCCUCGAGGUUUUGGAGCCAAGAAGUGAGAGCCAAUUUUUCAAACCAAUUACAGUGGCAAGGUGCCUGCCAUUGGGCAGUUGGACCAGUUAACAUAUUCCAUCUGUGUUCUCCAGUUGACACCAGAAGGCAGAGGUUUAGAAAAUUUUCCUUUGAAAGAGAAAGCUUACUGCCUCUUUUUAUUUUUUUGGGAGGCAGGGGGGUCGUCGAACGGGGAAGGCUGGGGGGGCAGCAGAGAUUAGUUUUUUCGGGUGAAAGUGCUUAUGACAUGACUUAUCUCUGUGGCCUUUCGGAGACGCAGUAAUUUUGUUUGAUAUACUUGCACGAACGGAAAGCCUAGAUUUGUGUUUCAUGA